AUGGUUUGGAAUCAUUUGAGUAAAGCUGGUGGGAGGGUUGCUAAAGCAGUCAAUAAUGUAACCGAACUCCCUGCACAGCUACAAAAGCAUCAUGCUGAUAAACUAUUAAAAGGAAUGCCAUCAUUUCUUCGUCCUGAAUUAGAAAUAGCCAUUGAAUCUGAACGUUUUAAAACACCAGAAGAUUGGAAGUAUUUACCUGGAGAUCGUGUUCUUAUUAUGGAUGGCCCAAAAAAAGGGAAUAUCGCACAUGUCCAGUCAACAGAUGAACAUACUAAUGGGUUUGUGCUAGACGAACAAGGUCCAUCGCGUAAGAUUGCAAUUCCUAAAUCGAUGUGGUUGGAAGGUCAGAAAUCUUAUGUGCUGUCCCUUCCAUCAACAGUUACGCAAAAUAGCCUACGUUUGGUAGCCGAUCUACCGAUUAAAAAUCCCAAAACUGGUCAAGAAGUAUACAAGACCGUAGCAAUACGAGAUCUAGAAUUCAGAGGAACAUAUUAUGAUGAAGAUUAUCGUAAAAUUAUGCCUCGUCGUUGUGUUCGUGGUAGACCAGACCUAGUUGUCCCAUGGCCACGUCCUGAACCAAAGGAUGAGGAAACUCAAGAAAUGAUUCAUAAUAAUAAUUAUGAUCUGAUUACUUCUCCAACAGUAGCUCGUGAACAAUCUUAUUGGAUUAGUUCAUUGUCCAAAAGACCAAUACCAAGGCAAGCCAUACCAACAAUCCGUAAUAUCCAUUCAAAAUACAAAAAGAAGACUCUGGGUCCAAGAGAUAUUAUUAGAUUGGUAGCUCCAAAGAUGCCACUAACAGAGGCAAAGAAAACUUAUUUGGAUGAAAAGGAGAAAUUGAGUAAAUUAGUAAGACCUAAAUUGCAAGACGAAGAUAUUGAAAGAAUUGGUUCUAUGGUUAAAAAGCAUCUUGAAAACUUUUAA